ACCAAUUGAGGGCCGCUGUACCUACAAGAAGACGAGUAGAUGCGUUGCUUCAGGCAGAAUGUUGGUCUGCGCAGGGCGGACUAUGCCGCCUUGGGCACACGGUCGGUGACAAUGGUAAGGGCGCCUUUGUCCAGCAUCACCGCUCUUUCGCCGCUGAACCCUCGCCGCAGCUUGCUGCACACGUCGAGAGCCGCCAGCAUUUACCCCGCCGCCCCAGCUCGACUACCAAACAUCACCCCUCGACGAACACCUAAGCCCUCUCGACACACUCCAUUCGUUCCUGUACGGCACUGUUCCCACCGAAGAAACAUGUGCAGACACUUUGGCGCAGAGGAGCACUCCUCGACGGACAUUACGCAGGCGCGCGAGGUCCUGCCCACCAACGUCAAGCCCCUGCACUAUGACUUGACUCUCGAGCCAGACUUUGAGACGUUCACAUACGAGGGUACUGUGGUCAUCGACUUCGCCAGCUUAGACGUCGCCGAAGACAGCACCUCGAUAUCCUUAAACACAAACGACCUCAAGAUCCACUCGGCGAAAGUCACCGCGGAUGAGAAGACCAUCUCGAGCUCCCCGACUCUCUCCCACGAUGAAGACUCGCAGACGACCAAGGUCAGCUUCGACCAGACAAUCUCCACCGGGAGCAAGGCCAAGCUCACACUGGUCUUCACUGGAAACUUGAACGACAAUAUGGCGGGCUUCUAUCGCUCAUCGUUCAAGGCAGAGGACGGUUCGACCACAUACCUGGCGACGACGCAGAUGGAGCCCACUGAUGCUAGGCGGGCAUUCCCUUGCUUCGAUGAGCCUGCGUUGAAGGCAAAAUUCACCGUCACACUCAUCGCGGACGACAAGAUGACAUGCCUGAGCAACAUGGACGUGGCGUCUGAGAAGACGGUGGAUUCAAAGGUCACAGGCGGGAAGAGGAAGGCCGUCACUUUCAACCCCACGCCGCUCAUGUCGACAUACCUCUUGGCGUUCAUCAUCGGAGAGCUCAACUACAUCGAGACCAACAGCUUCCGAGUGCCUGUCAGAGUCUAUGCACCGAAGGACAAGGACAUUGAACACGGCCGCUUCUCGCUCGAGCUCGCUGCGAAGACCCUGGAGUUCUACGAGAAGACGUUCAACAGUGACUUCCCGCUGCCCAAGAUGGAUAUGAUUGCCAUUCCUGAUUUUAGCGCUGGCGCCAUGGAGAACUGGGGUCUAGUAACAUACCGCGUCGUGGACAUUCUCAUAGACGAGAAGGUCAGCGGUGCGUCUGUCAAGCAGCGGGUUGCAGAGACUGUGCAGCAUGAGCUUGCGCAUCAGUGGUUUGGCAACUUGGUGACCAUGGACUUCUGGGAUGGUUUGUGGCUGAACGAGGGUUUCGCGACAUGGAUGUCCUGGUACUCAUGCAACGUCUUCUACCCUGACUGGAAGGUCUGGGAAGGUUACGUUACGGACAACCUUGCUGGCGCUCUUUCACUCGAUUCGCUACGUAGCAGCCACCCCAUUGAAGUACCGGUCAAGCGCGCAGACGAGAUCAACCAAAUCUUCGAUGCCAUCUCAUACUCCAAGGGCUCCAGUGUCAUCCGCAUGAUUUCGAAGUAUCUUGGCGAGGACGUCUUCAUGGAAGGCAUUCGACGCUACCUAAAGAAGCACGCUUAUGGCAACACCCAGACGGGUGAUCUCUGGGCAGCCUUGGCUGAUGCUAGUGGUAAGGAUGUCGAGAAGGUCAUGGACAUUUGGACUAAGAAGGUCGGAUUCCCCGUGGUGACUGUCACCGAGGGCUCCGACUCCAUCCAUCUCAAACAGAACCGUUUCCUGCGGACCGCCGACGUCAAGCCAGAGGAAGAUCAGACCCUCUACCCGAUUUUUCUAGCUCUUCGAACCAAGGAGGGCGUCAACGAGGACGCCACGCUUUUCGAGCGGGAAGCCGACCUGAAGUUGAAGGACUUGGAUUUCUUCAAGCUCAACGCUGACCACUCCGGUCUCUACCGUACUUCCUACUCGCCAGAAAGACUGCGCAAACUUGGUCUUGCCGCCAAGGAGGGUCUUCUUACCGUUGAAGACAGAGCUGGCAUGAUUGCUGAUGCUGGCUCUUUGGCUGCGUCGGGUUAUCAGAAGACGUCGGGAAUCCUUUCGCUUCUUGACAGCUUCAAGAGUGAGUCUGAAUUCGUGGUUUGGCAAGAAAUCACUGGUCGCAUUGCUACGCUCCGCGGCGCAUGGAUGUUCGAGCCGCAAGAGGUCAAGGAUGCUCUCAAGAAGUUCCAGCUUGAUCUGUGCAGCGACAAGGCACACGAAUUGGGAUGGACUUUCAGUGAUGAGGAUGGACAUAUCGAGCAGCAGUUCAAGGCUAUGAUGUUUGGCGCCGUUGGUAUUUCCGGCGACGAGAAGAUCGUCAAGGCCUCUUUCGACAUGUUCAACAAGUUCAAGGCUGGCGACAAGUCGGCAAUCCAUCCCAACUUGCGUGGUAGCGUGUACGCCAUCGUCCUGUCCAGUGGUGGCACGGAAGAGUACGACGCUAUUGUUAACGAAGCCAUCCACGCUCCAACAGCUGAUGAGCGCAACACGGCUCUUCGAUCACUCGGUCGUGCCAAGUCCCCUGAGCUAAUCCAGCGCUCUCUGGCAUUCUCCAUCAGCAAGGACGUCAAGGCCCAGGACAUCUACCUUCCUCUAUCUGCUCUCCGAUCGCACCCAGAGGGCUGCAACGCGCUCUGGAAAUGGGUCAAGGAGAACUGGGAGGAACUCGAGAAGAGACUGCCUCCUAGCUUGAGCAUGUUGAGCUCCGUCGUUUCCAUCACGACUUCAAGCUUCACUCACCAGGAACACAUCGAGGACAUCAAGGCGUUCUUUGCUACAAAGAGCACCAAGGGAUUCGACAUGUCGCUGUCGCAGAGCCUCGAUGCGAUUAGCGCAAAGGCUGCCUGGAUUGAGCGGGACUCGGAAGACGUCAAGUCCUGGUUGAAGGAGCAAAAGUACUUGUAGUAGUUGAACACUCCACUCUCUGGCGAUGUGUGAUGCAUGCGCGUUCAUAAGAGUAUGUACAAUAUAAAUUCCGUCAAAGACGAGCAAGCAUUCCCUCAUACUAUGCAUUGAGU